AUGGAUUGUUUUCAGUCAGUUAUCAAGAGCUUUGUAGAUGUUUCAGCUGGACUGCUUGUGGAAGAGGAACUUUACAUCUGGAAAAUAUUUGCUAUAGGCCCAAAUUCAGUGUUGGACCAUCUAAAGGAAAUGGAGGGGCAGAGUCUUCCUUGUCCACCUGUUUCCUUAGAAGACCCACCAGUUCAGCUCUCCUGCCUUCAGGCCAUCCCAGCAGCAUCAGAUCUCUUGCUGGGUCCCAUGAUUCUCCAGCCAGAACAAGCACUUGCUCAAACUGUGUAUUUAAAGGCGCUAACUAUUCCUUUCUACCAACCUGUUCAAUCAAACCAUAAACUUUCCAGAGUCCAGACAAAUAUCACCAUAGACAAUAGCAAUUUACCUUUAAUCCUCAAUCCACUCCUGCAUUCGAAAGGGACAGAUCAACUUCAGGCAAUCAUUCAGAAGCAACCCAGUACAAUAAACAUGGUUAGUCAUUUUUCACUUUUGCCACAAAGUUCUUCUCCAGGUGCACCAACUGGAAGUCCAGGGAAGGCCAAAAGUUCUGGGAAGUACCUGUGUAAACAUUGUGGGCGUGACUGUCUGAAGCCAAGUGUCCUUGAGAAACAUAUGCGAUCACAUACAGGUGAGAGGCCUUUUCCAUGUACAACAUGUGGCAUUGCGUUUAAAACUCAAAGCAAUUUGUAUAAACACAGGAGAACUCAGACCCAUGUCAAUAAUGCCAGGGUGCCUUCAGAAUCUGAUAGCAGUAGUCUACUAGAAGAGAAUGAGAAGUUGACUGAGAUAGUUACAUCCUCCCAGACCAUAGAAUCUCAUGAUAAAAAUGAUGUCCAGCCAAGUACAAGGACUAGAUCUGCUGCUUCGGAGCCCAGUGACAAAUAUAUUCUUGCUACUUCGUUAUCGGAAACUCUCCUUGUUUCGGAAAGUCAGAGGGUGAAAACGGGUAACUCCUGUCAUGGAGAAAUAAAUCAGAAUGUAUUUGAAAAAGAGACUGCCAGAGAUGCCACAGAUCUACCUCAGAGAAAGAAGAUCCAGGAUCAAAGGUCUCCAACAGGAAGCAGACAUAGUCAGCUACAGAGACAGCAAGCUCUGUAUUCAGAGAAGCUGUGGAACAACAGAUCUGUGGACAUCAAGCUAAAAAAGUGUGAGAGCACUGACUCGGGGUAUCUGUCACGCUCUGAUAGUGUGGAACAUCAGACACCCUCGCCUGGCUUCCUGCACAGCCUUUGUGAACAUAGCACGGAGUCAGAAGAUGAAGCAGCUGUCACCAAUAAAUGCAUGACUUACAGUUUCUCAAAAGUAGAUUCAACUGAUAAAGCAACAGGAGCCAUAACCCUGGAGAAAAAAAGGUUGGAAGAGCAUAUCUCAAGGCUAAUAUCUCAUAAUAAAGCAGUUGUGGAUGACACCCAGUUGGACAGUGUUAGGCCCCGGAAAACGAUUCUAUCCAAACAAGGAAGCAUUGACUUGCCAAUGCCUUACAUGUACAAAGACUCAUUCCAUUUUGAUAUACGGCCUCUGGACACCAGCAAGAAAAAGAAUAUUUCUCUGCGCUCAGCCAAGUCUAUCUUCACUCCUGCGGAAAAAACUAAGCCAUUGUUUUUUCACUCGGUUCCCACUCAAUUCUCAACAACAAUUGACUGUGUGCCUGUUACAAGAAGUAACUCUCUGCCUUUUGUUGAGAGUACAAAGAAGACGCAAGACCAGGCAGACAGUUCAAAAUUGUCUUCUUUCUCCAGAGUAUCCCCAGAUGUGUGUUUUUCUGGCUUGUUGCAUAGCAGCAAUUUAGACACAAAUAUGACAAACGUUCUUAACAGCCACCCCCGGGCACUUGUUAGACAGGUGGCAGUAGAUGAUGUGCCAUUAAAUUAUAUGACUGAAUCUUCGCUCUCUUUAGAGGAGAAAAACGGUAAACAGAAAUCUGAAGCUGGGGUGGAAGGAGUGAACAGCAAGAAUAAGAAACCCAGUCAGAGAAAAUUAAAAAUGUUUUCUCAGGAAAAAUGGCAAGUUUAUGGGGAUGAGACAUUUAAGAAAAUUUAUCAGAAGGUGAAAAACAGUCAACCAACCAAAAAACAAAAAGGUAAUUUAACAAAUAUUUCCAACAUUUAUUCAGAUACCAAGGAAACUGCCUGUGGGAAGGAAAUUACAUUGUCGAGAGAAGGACGAAGCUCUGAAACUGGAAACAUAAUUUCACCACUAGUAGAUGUUACCGCAAAAGCAAAUCCAGACACAUUGGAAAGCCACGCCAAAGCCAGCCCUGCUGGUCACUCUACUUUUUCUCAGGAGAAUUCAGGGCGAUUGGCAGAAUUAAGAGAAACACUGGGUUCGGUUGGUGAUUGUGAACAACACAGCAUAGCAAAUGAAACGUCAUCUGUUGAACAUCGAUGCAGAGACUUGCGUGUUUCAAAACACAGCCAGAGUGGCAAUAGUAAAGCUUUGCCUUUAAGGAAAGGUUGUGAAUUGAAAGUCCAACUGAAGCAAACUCAGCUGAACCCUGCUACUUGGCAUGAUCAUGACUUAGAAGAUGCACAUGGACACAUUACUGAAUGUGUACAAAAAUAUGAGGAUACCACAGCUAACAGAAAAGGAUGCAGGGGGAAAGAAACUGCCCACCUUGGACACACAGCUUUAUCAGCACCACAGUGCAACACCAGUGAGUUGGUGUGUGAAUCUCAGAAGUUACCCUCAGAAAGAAAAAAGCCUAAGGUGGAUAAACUGAAAAACGUGGAAAAGAUAACAUUUAAAAAUAGUAGUUCAACCGAGCUGGUUGUGAAACUGAUAGACUGUUACAAUCUUAACAUAGUUGCUGCAGAAUCAGCAAAGGACUCAGGUAAGGGGGGGAAAUGGACAGUAAUGGUAGGAACACCGGCUUCAGGUAGUAGUAUGGAAUGUGAGGAAGGAAUCCAACAUUCUCUAACAGUAUCUAAUGAUAGGGAUUGUAUUGUAAGUCUAACAGAUACAGCAAAUAUCUCUGCCACAUCAUUUCCUGAACAAUUCAAGACCGAUGUAACAGAGGAACAAACCAGUAAUUUGUUUGCAAUAAAAAACCUCACAUCUCCCAUAACAACAGCAACAGAAGAAUUAUCAAACUGUAGAGACUCAGCACCAACCCACACUCAGCAUGAGGUAAGAAAUCAAGUGGUUUCUCAUCUAAAGAAAAACGAUUUUCUUCCGAAGUACAUCUUAAAAUAUUCACAAGAAGGAAACAAGAUAGGUGUGCCAUUGUUUCUUACAAGGGAGCCCGAAAAUAUACCGUAUGCUUCAUUGCCAAGCAGCUCAACCAUUUCCCCAUAUCCUGCCUGUAACAAUAAACUACUUGAUAGUAAUUCCAUUGAUGUAACUGUGUGCCCUUUGCAAUUGGAUCUGAGUCAUCCAGCCAGGAGAAAAGAGCUAAAGUGGGACAUGCCUACAACAUGGACACCUUUGGGAGCUCCUGCUCCAACCCUCCUUGAAGCAACAACAAUUACAACCAUGGUAGAUCAAAAAUGUCAUCUUCGAAGUGCAAGUAGGAAAGUUAAAGAUACAUGUAAAGCAGACAAUAGAGACAACUUAGAUGAACAGAGAUUGAUAACAAAAGAGGAUGAAUGUAUAGUUGCUUGCACAUCACACAUUCCUGGGAGGAAAGUAUGCUUUACCACAAUUUAUACAGGAGGGCUUUUCUUAUCAUCAGACAUGACUGGGCAAAAUUCAGCCUUAAAGUUAAUACAAUCAGCGAAGAGUUCAGUAAUUUCACUUUCUUCGUUGGUGGAAAGGGCAGUUUUGUGUGAAAGUAGCGAGAAGGAAGUCAAGGAAUGGCAACUGGAGACUAACCCUUUGCCAGGAUUUGAAGACUUGCCCACCUGUUCAGUUAGCAGUCCGAAAUGUCUUUGCCAUUCUUCCAAUAUGCUCUAUUGUCAUGUGCUGUGUACUCAACCAAAGGAGAUUUGCUCCCAGCCUCAAUUAAGCAUAGAAUCUCAUGCGGGAAACUUACAAAUCCCAAGCCUGAAUCUAUCCUUCCCAACUCUAAAUGCGGAGCCUCAGCUGACUUGGUGUUGCUUGUCAAGAAGCCUCCCACUUCCUAUUGAGCAAAAGGAAAUGAAAGAUUCUGCAUAUUCUUCUUUGUAUAUGAAUGAAAACUUCAUUUCAAAAUGUGGUCAGUCCAUCUGCAAAAUGAAAAGCCAUGGGAAGGCUGCUAGGGAAGGCUGGAGAAUUGGAAAACCUCAAACACUGUUCUCUUCUCCACAAAGGCAGGAAAUAGAGAAGAAGUACAUUUUAAACACUGAUGCUCAGGAAGUCUCCAAAAGCAUGCCAGAACUCGAAAGGAAAAAAGAAAAACUUUACAAAAGGAGAGAAAAGAGAAACUUAAAAAGGAUAAAAGUGAAGAUUAACCCCAAGCGACAUGAAGAUCAUCACUCACAAAGACAUCGUCUUCUCAGAAGCCACCAGUCAAGCAAGCAAUGCUGGGGUUUGAGGACUUCCAGAAAGCAUUCCCACAUCAACGCUUCUGACAUUUGGGAGCAUUGUGGAAAAUGCCAUUGUUUUCCAACGACUUCACUAGGAAAUGACAAAAAUCUGCAACAGCCACAUUACAGCACAACAAAUAAAGCAUCUUUCCAUUUAGAAGAAGAUAAGAUGAAACAAGAUACACCUGGACUGAACAAAUGCUCAAGUGACAACUUAUUUCUUCAAAGAAUUUCUACAAUUCCAGAAGUAACUACAUACUCCUGUCCAUCAUCUAAUAAUAUAUCAGCAGAAAAAUGCAGUAGUCUAGAUAGUUGCUCCCUGGGAAUUUUUCCAAAAGAACACCACCCAGACGUAGAUUCUGAGUACAACGGACCUUCCACUGAACCUUAUCAUUUGGAACUCAAAGAUACAAAGAAGAACCAGCUGUGUAACUUUGUUGGAUCUCAGACUACUAGACCUAUUUUUCUUUGUUCAAACAGAGGCUGUAAUAACUUAGAAUCAAAGGAUAAAAAUGUUCUUAUUCUAAAGCCCCCCAUUCCUAUUGCAGAAAGAACAGAACAAUUCACGGAGAGAAAUUUGUCUUCUCCUUUAAAAGAGCAACAUGCUUCCACCUGCCAAAGUCUAUGUCCUGUUUCACUCACAUCAAGACUACUUACCGAGAUGUCAGUUUCAACUAAAUCCUUACCUGGAACUCCAUCUAAUCAAAAGCAAAACUUGGAAGCAACGAAUAAGCCAAUUCAUUUGGAAUACGAUGACAUAAGCAGCAGUGAUGAUGAAGAUAGAUUGGUUAUAGAAAUCUAAGGAAUAAGUUACCUAUUUUUAAAACAGAGUUCAAUAUGAAGGGGUAGCCAUCAUCAAUCUGCCUUUCUCUUGUAUCUUAAAAGUAAAAAACUAUAUCCGUGCUAAUAUUUGCCAAGGAUCUGAGCUUCUUUACAUGUGCUUUGCUUUUAUAUGUGCAAUUAGUUGCACAUUUGAAUCCCAACGAGUUCACUACGUAAUUUCUCUUCAUCAAAUUCUCUAUACAAUCCCAUUUUUAUCAUUUUCUCUAUUUAUGCCUCCGAAAGUAGACUAAGAAUCACUUUGUCUCCUUUGAGAAGUGGAAAGUUGGCCCUGAAGAUAGGAAAGCAACUUAUUUUCUCAGCUGCUCCGUGCUGCUUAUUUAAUCUAACUUUUCCUUCUACAAUUUUGCAUGAAAUCAAUGUCCUUAAAUCACUUUACAGCAUUUUUUUGUAUUGCACAAAUAUUCCAACAUCUCUUUUGGCAAACAACUCAAGCGUGUAUUGUUUUGUGCCUUUUCUGUAGAGACCUGUACAUACUUAUCUCUUUGAUAUGUUACCUUUUCUACAAUAGGAAGAUACUCUUUGAUCUUGUUUCUCAGGUCAGUUGGGGAAAAUAUUUAUUCUGCCAAAUGAAAAUGCGUAGGGACUUUGUAAAAAAAAAUUGAAAGCAUAAAUAAUAUACUUCUUCCUCUCCAUACAUGUUAAAUCUGUGCACUAGGGUGGCAGUUAAAACAUUUGUCCAGUUGAAUAUCAUGCACUUUCCUAAAUGCACUUCCAUUGCAUUAGAAUACUGUUGCGAAGCAAUGGUCAUUUGGAGCUUAACUGUACUGUUGUAUUAUACUUGUUUUAUAUUUAAUAUUUCAUAUAUCUUAACAAGCUAUUAAAACGUUCAUGUAAAAUUCAUAGGUGCCUUUCUUUGAGCAGAAGACAGAUUGAGCAUGAUUUGUAGAUUGUUCCUAAUAUGCUGGCCCAGUAAGGCAAUAGAGAAAAAACACAUUUCUGCAAAAUUAAAGCAGAAGAUGAGCCUUCUGUUCAAUGUAUUAAUACUGAAAAUGACAUUUAAUCAUCCAAGUUACUGAAAUGCCACCAUAUAUUUCUAUUUAUUGAAACUGAAGAUAUGACCCAUCAUACAAUAUCCAUAUACUGAUCUUUAUGGUUAUCUAUACAGUAUCUAACUUUCUAAAUGCAUUUCCACAGUAUUUUUUUUUUAAAAAAAUGCAA